AUGCCGGGCGGGGAGAAGCCCUUCGGCUGCGCCGAAUGCGGGCGCCGCUUCCGCACCAAGCAGGCCUCCCUGUCGCACCGGCGCGUGCACAGCGGGGAGAAGCCCUUCGCCUGCCGCCAGUGCGGGCGGAGCUUCACGCGCAAGGAGAACCUCCUGCGCCACCAGGAGACCCACGUGCACAGAGAGCCCCAGGCUUGCCCCGAGUGCGGCAAGAGCUUCCUGCACGCGGGCUCACUGCUCCUGCACCGCCGCGCCCACGCCGGGGCCCGGCCCUUCCCCUGCGCCCACUGUGGCAAGAGCUUCAACUGGAAGACGAACCUCACCGCCCACCUGCGCAGCCAUGCCGAGGAGCAGCCCUCCGCCGGCCGCCAGCGCGGCCAGGCUUCCAGCGACCGCGGAGAUCUGCUGCGGCACCAGAGGGCCCACGCGGGCGGCGGGCUGCCGACGGGCUACGGCCACGGGGCGACCUUCAGCGAGUUCCUCCAGAUCCACGAGAUGCUGAUCUCCCGCACGCAUGCCCGCAAGCCCCUGGGCGCCCUCACCAACCCCGGCCCCGGCCCCGGCCUAGCCCGGCGGAGGAAGCGCGGCGGUGCCGCGGGAGGCUCCGGCGAGCCCAGCCGAGCGGCGCGCAGAGCCCCGGGCCGCGCAGGGGGCAUGGCCGCUGGGAGCGCUGCUCAGGCCCUGGUGUCAUUCGAGGACGUGGCGGUCUAUUUCUCCCCAGAGGAGUGGGCGGUGUUAGAUGAAUGGCAGCAGGAGCUGUACCGGGAGGUGAUGAUGGAGAAUUACGAGCUCAUCGCCUCGCUGGGUUCUGCAGGCCCCAAACCGGAAAUGAUCUGUAAAAUGGAGCGAGGGGAAGAGCCACACGCUGCAGCUCCCCAGGGGGAGAGGGACAGAGGAAUCCUGGAUGCCCCCAGCACAGCUGGCUGGGGCAGGCGUGUCAAGGAGGAGCGGUCGGCGGAGGGCUGCAACGAGCAGUGGGUGGCGCCCACCUCGCUGGCCGGGGGAGCCGAGGGGUUUGUGCUGGAAUAUCCUGCCCUGUGGUGCGAGGUGAAGCCGAGGGAGCUGGCCGGAGACGCCCCCCAGCAGUCCCCGGAGUGGGAGGGAAGGGACGGCGCGUUCCUGAGCGGCCCGUUGGCCAUGAUCCACCCGGCGAGCGAGGGCCCCCUCAUCUGCUGCGAGUGCGGGAAGAGCUUUGAUGACGAGGCCUCGCUGAGCGCCCACCAGCGCCUGCACCCGGGCGCCGGGCCCCACGAGUGCCGGGCCUGCGGGAAGAGCUUCCGCCACCGCCGCAACCUGCUGACCCACAAGAAGCGGCGGGGCACGAGCCGGCACGCGUGCACCGAGUGCGGGAAGGGCUUCUGCCUCAAGGGCGACCUGCUGCGGCACCGGGCGGGGCACGCGGGCGAGGGCGGCCACGCCUGCAGCCUGUGCGGGGAGAGCUUCCGCCACCGGAGGAACCUGCUGGCCCACAGGAAGGAGCACGCCGGGGACACGCCCCACCGGUGCCCCGAGUGCGGGCAGAGCUUCGGCGACCCGGCCAGCCUGGCCCAGCACGAGGCGGCGCACCGCGAGGAGAGGCCCUUCGUGUGCGCCCGCUGCGAGCGCAGCUUCAGCUGGAAGGAGAGCCUGCUGAUCCACCAGCGGAGCCACCCGCAGGAACGCUCCCACAAGUGCGCCGACUGCGGCCGCAGCUUCAGCCGCAAUGGCAACCUCCUCAUGCACCAGCGGGUGCACACCGGGGAGCGGCCCUACGCCUGCCCCGAGUGCGACCGCGCCUUCUGCAACAAGGCCAACCUCAUGGCCCACCGGAAGCUGCACCGGCGGUUCAAGCCGUACGCCUGCGCCCACUGCGGGAGGAGCUUCAGCUUCAAGACCAAGCUGCUCCUCCAUCAGAGGGCCCACGGGGACGAGCAGUAGCCCCCUGCCGCUCUGGCUGCUGGAGGCUGCAGCCGGGCCUGGCAGGCUGCCUGGCUCUGGUGUUGCUAAGGACCGGGGCUGAAACUCCCCCCGGGCAGAGGGCUGGGGCGAGGCCUAGGUGUUGCCUCAGCCUGGGGGUCCCCUGGGCCAUGGAGCAAGACCCCCGCCUUUGCGGGGAAGCUCUGCUGUCUUGCAGAGGCCUGGUUAGGUCACUCUGGGGGGGUUCUGCCGUUGCUAAGGGUAGGGGGUGAAAUUCACCCCAGGGCUGAGGGCUGGCGCGCAUGCGGGACUCAAGCGGUGCCAAGGCCUUGCCAGCCAGCCCUCUCCCCGGGGGAAUUUCACUGGUCGUCAAUAUACUGCCGUGUGUCCUCAUUGUAAGGCAUCAGACUCACCCUGGGCCUGGCUGCCCUGAGAGCUACAUCCCCCUCCUCAAAUGGCAGUUCCCCGGCCCGCCAAUGGGCGUCCUGAGCCCCCCAUAGUUACCUAACCCACCCAUAGGCGGUGGUGGUCUUAGAGAGUCAUAGCAGCGAAGGCCAGAAGAGAUUGUUCUGACCAUCCGGUCGGGCCUCCUGCUUCACCCAGGGCAGAGAAUCUCACGCUGGGUCUCCUGCAGCCCCCUAAGAAGGACCAUUGGGCAGUUUCUGAGAGAGGUCAGGGCACUAGCCGAAGCCUUGGGUUCAUGUCCCUGCUCUGCUACAGAUUUCUGUGUGGCCUUGUGCAUGUCUCUUAGCCGCUCAGGGCCUCGCUGUCCCAGCCAUACAAUGGUGAUACCAGCCUGUCCUGCCCACGGGGGGUGGGGUGGGGAUAAAUGCAGUCAUGCUUGUGAGACGCCCAGAUACCACGGUGAUGGUAGCCAGGUAAAUGGAUGGAUUGUCUGGUUGGCCCCCGGCAUAGCCCGGGCUGUAGAAGUUCCCACGGUUGAGCGUGAGGCUCCUCUGGCUGCUGUUCCCAGUGUGACUGGUUUUUCCCAUAGAGACGGUCCUGUGGGGCAUUUCCCAGUGCGCUGGCUGCACUGGGCGGGACGCCCGCCCUGCUUGUUUCACCACAGCAUCGAAGGAGUGCCCUGUACCCGGGUCCCUUCACAUUAUAACUGCGCCAGGAUUUUGGAAAUGCUCCGCAGCUCCAUCGCAGCAGAGGGGGGUGUGGGGAGGGUUUCCUGUGGGGCAGGGGGGAGAGACAGUGAAGUCUGUGCAGAGUUCAGGGCAGAUAUAAUCCCUCCAGGCCGGCUGCAGCGAGGUGACCCAUGUUCCUAGUGCUCACCCUCCUCCAGGGAGAAACUGCACAGCGUUGUGUGUGUCCUGGCUGUGCGCCCCCCGAAUGUGCAGAAGCAGCCAUCUGCCUUCCAGACUCCCCCCCCCGGGGACGGCCCAGCGAUGGGGACCAGCACUGCAAGUCAGGCGGAAAUUGCUAGGGCAGUUCCCAUUCUGCGGGGAGCCCAUUCCUGGCAGGCUGCCAUUUCUGCUGAGCAGCAGCGCAGUGAGUACCGAAUCUGGGCCACCUCCAUGGUGCUGGGGACACAAAUUCCUGUUUCUUUCAAUGGACAGAAUGUCUUGGGGACCUCGUGUAAAUCUGGCUGCAGACAGACCAUUACCUGGGGAUUUGCAGGUCCUGCCGAAAAUAGAGAGUUAUUCCUUGCUUGGGGCUCUCCGCAAAAUGCUAUCUGCAAACCCUCCCCCAGCUUGUCCACUCUGGUCUUGUCGUGUCAGCCUAAGGAGGUACUUCCCACAAUGCACAGUCAACCUGUGGAACUCCUUGCCAAGGGAUGUUGUAAACGCCAAGACUAUAACGGUUCAAAAAAAGAGCUAGACCAGUUCCUGGAGGAUUGGUCCAUCAAUGGCUAUUAGCCAAGAUGGUCAGGGACGCAGGAGGACGCUCCGAGUGUCCCUAAACCUCCAUCUGCCAGCAGUUGGGAGUGGACGUCAAGGGAUGGAUCACUUAAUAAACCGCCCUGUUCUGUUCAUUCCCUCUGAAGCACCUGGCAUCGGCCACUGUUGGAAGACAGGAUCCUGGGCUAGAUGGACCAUUGGUCUGACCCGGCAUGGCCGUUUUGAUGUCAUCCCCUGUCCCUUCUGACCCAUCGAUGAUGCCAGCUUUGACUGCCUACUUGUCUGCUUCUCUGCUGUUCUCGCCUUGGCCUCCUACACGACUGCGACCCCCUCCCUGGACUGAUCUCUGAGACCACUCCCACCCCCCCCACCCCCCCGCAUGUCCCUCCUCCAGGCCGGGUCAUGUCUCCAGGACCUUGGCCAGCUAACAGUGGUGAGGGAGCGGGGGCAGUUGGGUAUAGUCGAUGUGUAUUUAUUCAGUUCCCCACCCUUCAUAUGUUUACAUGGCGCCCUGUGCUGUCCGCUCCUUGGAGCUGGGCCUGUGGCUCCCUGCCCAUGUAGGUGAUGCCUGGCAGGCUGUGGGCCCUGCAGUAACCCAGAUACUGCAUUAUAACAACUGCAGGGGCUCUGGCCACGUGUCCUGCCAGAGCUGAGCCUGUCGGGCUGGUGGCAAGGGGUACAUCUCCACGGGCCCAGUGUUGGUACGGUGGCUAUUUUCUGUUACUGGGUGAGCUCAGGGUAAGGAAUAAAGAUAUCAUGAGUCGGGA